ACAGUUUGUUCCGAAACGCGAAUAGGUGCGCAUCUUCGCAUCUUGGCAUCUCCGCCGCGUCGCCCAGUUAAACUCGAAAAAGGCCGAAACGGCGAAAGUAGCGAGGAACGAGUUACAGUCACCGGAUAAGUCACAGUCGGUUAUUGAGUCGCAGUCACUGCCGUCGUCACCGUGGAGAUACCGCUGACAGGUUGGAGCGGAACCCGUUUUUACUGGAGCGUUGCCAGCGGAUCGGAUCUGAUCGGAUCGGCAGAUGCAACCGCCGUAGAUAAUGAAGUGCGUGCAAUAGUUAUGAUAAACAUAAAAACGAAAAAAGGAACCCCGAAAAGACAUGCAAACCCAUCUGGAAAUGCAUAAAACCAACUGCAAAAUUUGAUACAAUGUACUGCAUAAACAACUCGCUAUAACAUCCAUAAUAAUGCAUCAUAUAGCAAAAAAUCUCUUAAGCUGAUUUCAAAAAUAUUGGACACAGUGUUGAGAAAACUGAAAACUGAAUAACACACCCAAUCAGUGGGUAAACUCGCAAACCAAACACUUAAGACCCGCUGACACAUUCUUUUGAGUGAAGACUGAAGAGCCGCGUACAUUUGUAAAUCUGUUUGCGGCAAACACUUGAAGCCAAUUUCGUUUGCUGGCUGGUUUGUGAGUGUCUUUUUUGAAACAUUUUUGAAACCGGCCGCCAACAGAGUCAAACAGACAGAGUCAAUAAAAAUCGAGUUAAAAACGUAUGAAACGGAUAACGGGCGAGCAAAAUAAAACAGCAAAGUCACACAAAACAAACAAAACAUUUUCCGGCUCCGGCGACAUUAACAGAACUGCUCGACAUCGACAAUUUGUUUUAUCAAUUUUCAACAAGGCCAGCAAGCCAGCAGCAACAACAAUAGCGCAACACCCAACAAGCCAGCAAACAACAAAAGCGCCCAGAGUGCUUAGCCGUCGAGCACGCACGCCAAAUCCACCCAGCCACCCACUCGAACCUCCCCUAACCACCCAACACCACCCCACAUCCUUGGCCACCCCUUUUCGAGGGCUCCGCCAGCAUCCGCAUCCGCAACCGCAUCAACAUCCGCAUCCGCACAGUCGAAAAACAAGAAAAGAACGAGCAAACAACGAGGGACGCCCCACAGUGAAGCCAGGCACAGUGAACUCGCGUGUCGCCGCUCUUUAGGCCAACUCAGCCAGCGAGACAAUGGCUGCAUAUGCGCAGUUUGGAUACGCUGGCUACCCGACGGCAAAUCAGCUGACUACCGCCAAUACCGACAGCCAGAGCGGCCAUGGCGGAGGAUCGCCGCUGUCCGGCACGAACGAGGCUUCCCUGAGUCCCUCGGGCGGCUCGACGGCCACCGGCCUGACCGCCGGCCCAUUGAGUCCAGGUGCAGUUUCCCAGUCGUCGCAUCAUGCGGGCCACAAAGGGCUCUCCACAUCGCCGGCGGAGGAUGUGGUAGGUGGCGGUGGCGGUGGCGAUGUGCCCGGUGGCCUUUCAUCUGCCGCCCAGGACUUGCCCAGCCGGGGAUCCUGUUGCGAGAACGGCAGACCCAUCAUCACGGAUCCCGUGUCCGGCCAAACCGUGUGCUCCUGCCAGUACGAUCCGGCCCGACUGGCCAUCGGUGGCUACUCCCGCAUGGCGCUGCCCUCCGGCGGCGUGGGCGUGGGCGUCUACGGCGGACCGUAUCCCUCCAACGAGCAGAACCCGUACCCCAGCAUCGGAGUGGACAACUCGGCCUUCUACGCACCACUGAGCAAUCCCUACGGCAUCAAGGACACCAGUCCCAGCACCGAGAUGAGCGCCUGGACAUCCGCCAGCCUGCAGUCCACCACCGGAUACUAUUCCUACGAUCCCACGCUGGCGGCCUACGGAUACGGACCCAACUAUGAUCUCGCCGCCAGACGGAAGAACGCCACGCGGGAGUCCACGGCCACGUUGAAGGCCUGGCUGAGUGAGCACAAGAAGAAUCCGUAUCCCACGAAGGGUGAGAAGAUCAUGCUGGCCAUCAUCACCAAGAUGACCCUCACCCAGGUGUCCACGUGGUUUGCCAAUGCUCGUCGCCGGCUGAAAAAGGAGAACAAGAUGACGUGGGAGCCCAAGAAUAAGACGGAGGACGAUGAUGACGGCAUGAUGUCCGAUGAUGAGAAGGAAAAGGAUGCCGGAGAUGGUGGCAAACUCUCCACAGAAGCCUUCGAUCCCGGCAAUCAACUUAUCAAAUCCGAACUGGGCAAGGCGGAGAAGGAGGUGGACAGUAGUGGUGACCAGAAGCUGGAUCUGGACCGGGAGCCACACAAUCUGGUGGCCAUGCGUGGACUGGCGCCCUAUGCCACGCCUCCCGGCGCCCAUCCCAUGCACGCGGCCUACAGUUCGUAUGCGCAAUCCCACAACACGCAUACGCACCCCCAUCCCCAGCAAAUGCAGCACCACCAACAGCAGCAGCAGCAGCAGCAGCAGCCGCAGCAGCAGCAGCAGAAUCAGCAGCAGCUGCAGCACCACCAGAUGGAUCAGCCGUACUACCAUCCGGGUGGCUAUGGCCAGGAGGACUCGGUUGACUUCGCGGCCCAAAAAAACCCGCUGAGCAGAGACUGUGGCAUCCCAGUUCCGGCGAGCAAGCCCAAGAUCUGGAGCGUGGCCGACACAGCCGCCUGCAAGACACCACCGCCCACCGCGGCGUACCUCGGCCAGAACUUCUACCCGCCCUCGUCGGCGGAGCAGCAGUUGCCCCAUCAGUCGCUCCAGCAUCAGCAUCAGCAGCAGCAGCUGCAGCAGCUGCAGCAGCACCACCACCCGCACCACCACCACCAUCCGCACCACUCGAUGGAGCUCGGUUCGCCGCUGAGUAUGAUGAGCAGCUACGCCGGCGGAUCGCCAUAUUCGCGGAUACCUACGGCGUACACCGAGGCCAUGGGCAUGCAUCUGCCCAGCAGCAGCAGCUCCAGUUCCUCCACCGGCAAGCUGCCACCCACUCACAUCCAUCCAGCGCCCCAGCGGGUGGGGUUUCCCGAGAUCCAGCCCGAUACUCCGCCCCAGACACCACCCACUAUGAAGCUGAACAGCAGCGGCGGCAGCGGCAGCGGCAGCAGCAGCAGCAGCGGGAGCAGCCACAGUUCAUCGAUGCACUCCGUCACUCCGGUGACGGUGGCUUCCAUGGUCAACAUUUUGUACAGUAAUGCGGACAGUGGAUACGCACAUGGGCACGGACAUGGGCACGGGCACGGGCACGGGCUCGGGCAUGGGCACAUGGGCGUCACUGCUAAUGCCUAUCUGACGGAGGGUGGGCGUUCCGGGUCGUAACUCGACCUUGAACCGGUUAGUGGAGAGCAGUUACCAGUUACCAGUUACCAGUUACCAGAUACCAAAUAGCAAGCGAAACUACUUACACACAUUUCGAGAUGGCGGGACAAGUGCAAGUUGGCGGGCAAUCCGCGAUUACGAUUACGAGUACGUUUAACAGAUAGCGAUAACUACACUAAUUAUUUUGCAAUAAAUGUAGCUUAAGUGUGGCAAUAAAACUUUAUUUCCUACCAUAUCAUAAAUUAUUUCGCUUUAUAACUUUAAUUAGCAUAUUUACACUCAAGCGCUGAAAAUUUGCGAGACGAACAUGUCUCAGUGGUGCGGUGGUGCUGGUGGUGGUGGUGCUGGUGGUGGGGCGCCGCCUGCCCAGACUUCUGAACCGCCCACUUUGGGUGCUUGUCAUGCGUUUUUGGGACCCGGGGGCUGAGUCAUACGGCUCCAAGUUUAAUGACUCGAAAUAAACGCACACCGCACGAACUCAUUCAUCUUUCGAGUGGAGAACGUUGAGUCUCUGGCAUGCCAAUAAAAUAAUGCCACCGUGUUAUAAAUCAAGCGAACUUUUUGUCUUAAGACCAACAUUUCCUACCUUAAGUGCUUAAUCCACGCAACUAAAUAAUUUUAAAUAGCUACCGCGUAAGAUCUUGAGGAAACUUCACGUUGUAUUAGUGCUAAUAUGCCCAACUAGGAAGGAAGGAGCGGAGCAUUAGUUUUAAGAUUUGCCUAACCCUUCGACUUUCAAUAACGUAUACUCGGCCAAAUAAUUAAUCCGUGCACACACUUUAAUUAAUAGUUACCUAAACGUAAUCGUGUAAUUAGCUACCCCCUUCGUUUGAUGAAUUCGUAGAGAAUUUUUAAGUAUCUGUGAUAUAUGCAUAUAAACACAUACUAUACGAGCAAUUAUCUGCGCUACUUUAGUUAAUUCACACCUACUUCUUCGUACACAAAUGCACUUGCGUUCUGCAAACUGGUUCGAGACAUUUCUAAUGGCAUUCAUUUUGUCUUUGUAAAUAGUAUUUAUGUAAAUUUUCAAAUUUAACGAUAAAUAAAGUUGAGUA